ACUCAGAACAGGGGUCAGCGGUUGAAAGAGGGGGCUCACAUCAACCGCUCCCUCUUGGCUUUGGGCAACUGCAUCAAUGCCCUGAGCGAAAAAAAUGGCACCAAGUACGUCAACUAUCGAGACAGCAAGUUGACUCGCUUACUAAAGGACUCGUUGGGCGGGAACAGCCGAACGGUCAUGAUCGCCCAUAUUAGCCCCGCCUCUGUGGCUUUUGAGGAGUCUCGAAACACGUUGACGUACGCUGACCGUGCCAAAAAUAUUCGAACACGGGUUAAGAAGAACCUGAUAAAUGUGUCAUACCACAUUGCUCAAUACACCAACAUCAUCUCAGACCUGCGCUCCGAGAUCCAGCGGCUCAAGAAAAAGAUUGCAGAUCAGGCGAGCCGCCAGGUCAACUCAGACCGGGCCGACAUCCGCAACGUCCAGGCUGAAGUCCAGGCCCACUCCACCCAAAGUCGGGCAGAGAUGGACCAGUUGAGGGAGCAGCUCCUGGACGCCUUCCGUCAACAGAUGGAGAUCAGGAAGAGCCUGAUGGAGCUGGAGAACAGCAACAUGGCGCUCCAGAUGGACACGUCCAAACACCUGCUCACCAUUGCAGACUGGGAGCAGGAGAGGAGCAGGCACAGGAGGAAGUGGCGUGCAGAAAGGAGAAAGGAAAGUGUGAAUAAGGAUGAAAGCGAGAAGGACUCUGACUCCUCUGAGUCUCCCCCUGACAGCAAUGAGACCCAGGAGGUGGCGAUUGCUCGAGACAAUCUGGUCACACUCAUGGCCGAGCAGAAAAGAAUUCACAAACAAAAGGCGUUGCUCGAGCGCAGGUUUCUGGAGCUUCGGGAUCGAGCUCGUCGCCUGGAGGAGCUGCUGCCUCGGCGUGUGAGCUCAGAGGAGCAGCGUGAGGUGCUGGGCCUCCUCUGCAAGGUCCACGAGCUGGAGAUCGAGAACGCCGAGAUGCAGUCACACGCGCUGCUCAAGGACAACGUCAUCCGGCAGAAGAACUUUGUGGUGCAGCGCUUCGAGCAGCACAGACACCUGUGUGACGAGAUCAUUCAGCAGCAGAGACAGUUCAUUGACGACCACAGUCUGCUGGUGCCCCCCCACCUCCAGGAGCUGUAUGAUAUUUACAUGAGGGAACUGGACGAGAGGAAGCUGGACAGAGCCGUGGCCCUGGACAAGGUCACCACCAGACACACCAUCAAGGAGGGCUCUCUACCUAAGAUCACGCUGCCCGGUCAGGGUCGCGACAACACGCAGGACGUGGACUCAGACCAGGAGAGUGUUCGCAACAUGUGCCCCGAUAACAGACGAGGCCAAGCCAAAAUCCGGAGACACACUCUGCCCCCCAUUCUGCGUGAGCCUGAGCUGGACAAUAACAGAGUUUUUAAGAGCAGCCCUCAUGCCAGGCAGAUGAAAAACUCGGCUGUGAUGACCCCACCUCCCAUCCACAUUAACAGAAAGGGCAACAGAGAGGUGAGGACGUCUCUAAUGAGCUGGUUGUCCCUGUUCCAUUUUAAUAUCCCUGAGAGAUGUUUCCUGCU